ACAGGCGCUGUUGUUGUUGUUGUUGUAACGUUCGAGCACGGGUCCUGGAAUUACCGGAAAUUUCAAGUCUGUCCCAAAACCCAUUUUCAAAUUACAAUUUUCGAUUUCCCUAAAAUCUCCAAUAAUCCUUCAUGCUCAACCCCUGAUUUCGCCGCCGAUUUCCAGAGCUGCUUAAUGGGUUGUUCACAGUCCAAGAUCGAGAAUGAAGAAGCCAUCGCGCGUUGUAAAGAGCGCAAGAUUCAUAUGAAGGAGGCGGUGACGGCUCGGAACGCGUUCGCUGCUGCUCACUCUGCUUAUUCCAUGUCGCUUAAGAACACUGGAGCUGCUUUAAGCGAUUAUGCCCAUGGUGAGGUUCAAAAUCCCCAAUUUGUUCCUGUAUCUACUCAACCAAACUCCGCCCUUACUUCCGCCACCGCUGCAUCUUUUGAACCCUUUCCGCCGCCUCCACCGCCUUUGCCCCCUUCUAAUUUUCAUUCUCCUCUUCAAAGAGCGGCCACCAUGCCUGAGAUUAAUCUGUACAAACCCGAUCUCAAGCCUGGGUCGCCCAUUAUUGAGGAGGAGGAAGAAAAUGAAAACGAAGGCUCUGUUGGUGCGUUGAGGAGGAGGAGGAGCAAUAAAAGUAAAGGAGAUGAAGGGAGUAGCCGAAAUAGAAAUUCGGCGGAGCUUAAUGAAGAUUUGGCCGGUGCUUCCCCGCCUGUGCCACCGCCACCGUCUGAGAACCGGCAUAUUCCACCACCCCCGCAACAAGAUUCGACAUAUGACUAUUUCUUCUCCGUUGAUAACAUACCGGUCUCGACUUUGAGUGAAGUUGAGGAGGUACAGAUUAACAAAGCGGAGACUGAGCGCAAGUCGUUUGAUAAAAUGUCUAAGGGAGUGGACAAUCAUGAUAUGGAGGAAAGGGGAAUUAGUGGAAAAGCUGAGACAGUGGAGUCAGUGCUCGAGGAGCCGGUGGCGCCGCCUCCAGCACCGCCUUCAGUGGCAGAAUCCUCUGUGGCGGCGAAGAGCUUAAAGAAAAUGAAACAGGGUGGAUCUAUGGGGGCCAUGGAUGGCAAGAGGAUGGUGAAGCCAAAUGUUAAUCUUUUGCUGAUAUUUAAAAAUAUCGAUGAUAAUUUUCUCCAGGCUUCAGAGAGUGCCCAUGAAGUGUCCAAGAUGCUUGAGGCUACACGAUUACACUAUCAUUCAAACUUUGCUGACAAUCGAGGUCACAUUGACCACUCUGCCAGAGUGAUGCGUGUUAUUACAUGGAACCGAUCAUUCAGGGGAUUGGCUAAUAUGGAUGAUGGAAAAGAUGAUUUUUAUGCAGAAGAGCAAGAAACUCAUGCCACCGUGUUGGAUAAACUACUGGCAUGGGAGAAGAAGCUGUAUGAUGAAGUGAAGGCAGGUGAACUCAUGAAAUUUGAGUACCAGAAGAAGGUUGCUACAUUGAAUAGGCUGAAGAAACGAGAUUCUAAUGCAGAAGCAUUGGAGAAAGCAAAAGCAGCAGUAAGUCAUCUGCACACUAGAUAUAUUGUUGACAUGCAAUCCUUGGAUUCAACUGUCUCAGAGAUUAGUCGUCUACGAGACGAACAGUUAUACCCAAAACUUGUUCAGCUUGUUAAUGGAAUGUCAUUGAUGUGGGAUACAAUGAGAGCUCACCAUGAAACACAAUUGAAGAUUGUAAGUGCAUUGAGAUCGUUGGAUCUGUCUCAGUCCCCAAAAGAAACCAGCACUCAUCAUUACGAGCGCACGGUUCAGCUCUGUGGCGUUGUUAGAGAGUGGCAUUCACAGUUCGAGAAGCUCGUGCGCUGUCAAAAAGACUACACUAGAGCCUUAAACAGUUGGUUGAAACUAAAUCUUAUUCCCAUAGAGAGUAGCUUGAGAGAGAAGGUUUCUUCUCCACCAAGAGUUCAAAGUCCCCCAAUUCAGAAACUCCUCCUCGCUUGGCACGAUCAACUCGAGAGACUCCCAGAUGAGCAUCUCAGAACUGCCAUAUUCACUUUUGGUGCUGUGAUUAACACUAUUAUGCUGCAGCAAGACGAAGAGAGAAAACUGAAGACAAAGUGGGAGGAGACCGGGAAAGAACUCGAGCGCAAGCAGCGACACUUCAAUGAAUGGCAUAACAAAUACCAGCAACGGACAAUGCCCGAUGAGUUGGACCCCGAAAGGUCUGAAGAAAACACACAGGAUGCCGCCGUCACGGAGAAGUUGGUUGCAGUAGAGUUGUUAAAGAAGAGAUUGGAGGAGGAAAUUGAAACUCAUGCGAAGCAAUGCCUUCAUGUGAGGGAGAAAUCGUUGGUAAGCCUUAAAAAUCAGCUGCCAGACCUCUUCAGGGCAUUGUCAGAGUUCUCCCUUGCUAGCUCAGAGAUGUACAAGAACUUGAGGUCUAUCUGUCAGGUCUAGAUUUGAAGCCACAAAGUUUCCUUCUUUGUGACUGGUUUGUGUUAUUUCAACAAACGAGAGCUGCCAUUCCUCCUCCAUCAAGCUCUGCUCGUUGAUGCUCCGAUCACUGCUGCGGGUAUGGCAGUGCAACCGCUCGCCACCUUCACGGCCUUCCUGCAUUAUGGUGGCCUCCUCCCUCGGAGCUUGAACUUGCAGAGUUGUUAGACAGCAGGAAGAGAACCAUCUCUUCCAUUUUCUUGUCAAUUUUUGUUCCUCUGAGAAAUUUUGGACGAACUUUUAACUCAA